AUGGACACCGCGGCGGCGUCCCCCGCGCCGACGAGCGCGGUGAACGCCGCGCGGAAGGCGCCGCUGAGCGUGUACGCGUGCAUGCGAUCGACGAGCGUCGCGAAGCGCGAGGACGUCGAGGCCGCGAUGCGUUCGCACGUCGAGGCGUCGGGGGUCGUCCCGUACGAGGAAGGCUUCGCGCUCGCGAUCCCGAGCGAGGCUUCGAACGCGUUCCUUCACGCGAACGUCGAGAGCGCGGUCGUGUCCGACCUCGGCGACUUCGACGAGCUCAGGAUCCCGGAGGGCUCGCCCGUGAGCUAUCACCAGCUCGACCUGCGCGUGUUCGCGUACCAGCUCGACGAGGACGGCCCCGGGGAGGAGAUGGACGGCGAGGACGACGUCGCGACGUUUCGCGAGUGGACGCUCCCGUCGCGCGAUUUCCACGGCCUGUGGGAGUCUCUCGUCUUCGACUCCGACGUGAAGACUCGACUGACGCGAUACGCCGGGAACGCGCUGCUGUUCAGCGAGCGCGAGGUCGACCCCAACCUCAUCGCGUGGAACCGCGUCGUGCUCCUGCACGGCCCCCCGGGGACGGGGAAGACGACGAUGUGCAAAGCGUUGGCGCAGCGUCUCUCGACCGCCUUCUCGAAGACGUACGAGUCCGCGACGCUCGUGGAGGUGAACGCGCACUCGCUGUUCAGCCGGUGGUUCAGCGAGUCCGGGAAGCUCGUCGGGCGGCUGUUCCAGAAGAUUCAAGACUUGUGCGAGGACGAGAAGCAGCUCGUGUUCGUGCUCGUGGACGAGGUUGAAUCUUUAGCCGCGGCGAGGAAAGCCGCGGCAAGCGGCGGCGAGCCCGGAGACGCGAUUCGCGUCGUGAACGCGCUCCUGACGCAGAUCGACGCGCUGAAGAAGAACCCGAACGCGAUGGUGUUGACGACGUCGAACAUCACGGAGGCGAUCGACGUCGCGUUCGUGGACAGAGCGGACAUCAAGGCGUACAUCGGUCCUCCGGGGUUGCGCGCCCGGUAUUCGAUUCUGCACUCCGCGACGCUGGAGCUCGUCGGGAAAGGAUUGGUCCAAGCCCCCGGGUCUAUGGCGCUCCCGGAGGGGUUCAACCGCAUCGCGAUCGAGACCGUGACCGCGGUGUUGAAAGGGGGGAUCGUGAACGACGGAACGUACGCGAACGCGGCGCUGUUGCGCGCGUCGGCCGCGUGCGAGGGCAUGUCGGGGCGGGCGCUGCGGAAGCUGCCGUUUUUAGCGUACGCGAUCGAGCAUAGGGACGGGCGGUGCGAGCUUCUGGACUUCUUGAACGCGAUCGCGAAGGCGGUGAUGAGCGAGCGGCGAGAUAGGGAGAAGCUAGCCAUGGGUUGA